AAGAGCGGCUCGAGGAGCUGCAGCCCAAGCAACACGCGCCCACCGGAGCGCACACCCUGUGUUUAUGUGACCGAUAGCAAACAACGGCAACUAAAACAACCGAGUAAGGGACACGGUCAAUAUUCAUAUGGUCGUUGGACCGAGUUUUCUCCGGUUGUAGGGCGCCGUGUUUCCCACCCUGCCGGGGGGAGAAAAAAAAAAACCCUGCGCAUUCCUCCACGCAGAGAACCAGAGAGGGAGAGCAGCCGACGGACGAAGCGGAGAGCUGGAAGCGGCCUCUUCGCCGGUGAAUUCAUCCACACAGGCUGGAAAUAGAUGUCCUGUCCGAUGCUUUGGCUUCGCUGGAGCGUCGCUGUGGUCGUGCUUGAUACCUCAGUGACCCAGGCCACACUAUGAGAUCGUUGCUUUGAUGAAUAAUUUACGGUCUCUCGGUCCGAGGCUCGCGCUGUGACGACCAAACGACCGUUGGCUAAGCCCGACGCCGCCCGACCGGAGCCCGAUGGUGGACUAGAGGAGAGACCACAGCAAACAAACACGGGCCUGAAUUGGAGAGCAGAAAAUCAAACUAAAGUAUAAAUCCCGUGGUGCUCGUCUGGGUGCCGCUUUGUAGCGCUAAGCUGUGUAGUCAUGUUGCCGAGUUGGUGGGGGAGGAGAGACGGAGCCCCCAGUACUUCGACGCCGAUCCAGUGUCACUUCGGGUUUAUUUUAUGAGCUUCAGCGAAACACCAUCGGACGCUUUCUGUCCACAGAAGAACCAACAGCAGCCAUUUGUUAUCUUGAUGGUCUUAUUUAUAAAAAGGACAAGGCUGAUCCACCCUACAGCGCCUUACACAACUGAGCUGAUCUUAAGUAUUUUUCUUAUCUCAGAAAUUGAAGAACUGUUUUGAAGAACUAUCUACCUCCUUGUUUUGCAUUCGGACAGAACUGUAUAAUACAAAGAAAGAUUGAAGUCGACGAGCACUGUUUUGACUGUUGAACUGACUUCAAACACCUCAUGAAUCUACCUCAGACACCACAUUAUCACAUGUACAACACGACGGGCCGAUGUGUCCCCAAAUGAAUACCUCAACCUCACUGCUGCUCGUGUUGUAAACUCAGCCUUGUUUCGGUAACGCUGCAGAUGGCUUCGUUUCCAGACUCGGACCUGCAGACGUGCCCGCUCUGUAAGGAGUUGUGCGGCUCCUCUGCUCCCAUCUCCUCCAGCUCUUCUACCUCAUCAUCUUCCUCGCAUACCUCGUCUUCCUCCAGCCAGACUACCAAGAGGCUCCAUGUCCUGCCCUGCCUGCAUGCCUUCUGCAGGCAGUGCCUAGAGGGACAGCGCAGUCCUGGAGACCCGCUGAAGCUGCGGUGUCCCACCUGUGACCAGAAGGUAUCCAUCUCUGAGGCUGGGGUGGAUUCCCUGCCUUCCUCCAACUUCCUCUUCAGCAACCUGCUGGAUGUGGUGGUGAGCUCAGAGGAGCAGAUCCAGAACAAGAAUGGCCACCACCACCACCGGGGAGGCCUAGGUGGAGGCUCCUCUGGCUUCCAUCACCCUCAUGGAGGCCUGUUGCACCCGCACCACCUGGGAGAGCCUCAGUGCAGCUCCUGUGAUGAGGAGAAUCCAGCUACGUCCCACUGCCUUGACUGCCAAGAGUACCUCUGUGACAACUGUGUGCGGGCGCACCAGCGUGUGCGUCUCACCAAAGACCACUUCAUUGAGCGUCUGGGAGAGAACCUCCACCUCAGCCGGGUCAACGCAAACAGCAACUCAAGCCAGCCAGGGGUGUCUGUGUCCCUCGCCCAGUCCCUGCAGAACAACUUUGCCUUGCUGUCCCUGUUCCAGGAUCGCAUGAGCUUCUGCCAACAUCAUGACAGUGAGGUGUUUCUGUUCUUCUGUGAAACCUGCUCGGUGCCUAUCUGCAGGGAGUGCAGUGUGGGUCGUCAUAUGGGCCACACUUUUGUUUACCUGCAAGACGCUGUGCAGGACUGCAGGGCCAUUACCAUCCAACUGCUGUCAGAUGCACAGCAAGGACGACAAGCAGUGCAGCUAAGCAUGGAGAAGGUCCAGGCCAUGGCAGAGCAGGUGGAGAUCAAGGCUAAGGUGGUACAAACUGAAGUGAAGGCCCUUGUCCUGAGACACAAGAAGGCGUUGGAGGAGAGGGAGUGUGAACUACUGUGGAAGGUGGAGAAGAUCCGUCAGGUAAAAGCCAAGUCUCUGUACCUGCAGGUGGAGAAGCUCCACCAGAGUCUGACCAAGCUGGACAGCACCAUCGCUGCUGUCAGUCAGGUGCUGGAUGAGGGCCACCACCUUGAUGUGCUGCUGGCCAGGGAGAGAAUGCUCACCCAGAUCCACGAACUCAAGGCCCUCAGGGGCCUGCUGCAGCCACAAGAGGACGACCGCUUCAUGUUCACUCCUCCGGACCAGGCUCUGUACAUAGCCAUCCAGUCCAUGGGCCUGAUCAGCAGCGGAGCCUUUGCCCCAGUCACCAAAGCCCACGGUGAAGGUCUGAAAAGUGCGCUACGUGGCAAGCCUGCCUCCUUUACUGUGAUUGGAUAUGAUCACGAUGGCGAGCCACGUCUUUCCGGCGGGGACACAGUUUCUGCAAUAGUUAUGUCAGUCACAGACGGUAACCUGUCUGCAGCGGAUGUAACCGACCACCAGAAUGGCUCGUACACUGUCAGCUACCUGCCCAAAUGUGAGGGGGAGCAUCUCGUGUCUGUGCUGGUGUGCAACCAACACAUCCAUGGCAGUCCCUUCAAGGUGAUAGUGAAGUCAGGGCGAAGUUAUGGCUCCCUUGGCUCCCAAGUGUCAUCAUUUGGAUGUGAAGGGGAGGGAGAUGGCCAGCUGUGUCGUCCCUGGGGCAUCAGUGUUGACAAGGAGGGGUACGUGGUGGUGGCUGAUCGCAGCAACAACCGCAUACAGAUAUUCAAGCCCUGUGGUGCCUUCCACCAUAAGUUUGGCUCUUUGGGCUCUCGGCCUGGUCAGUUUGAUCGUCCUGCUGGGGUUGCAUGUGACAGUCAGAGACGAAUCGUUGUGGCUGAUAAGGACAAUCACCGUGUGCAGGUGUUUACUUUUGAGGGCCAGUUCCUGCUGAAGUUUGGGGAAAAGGGUACCAAGAAUGGGCAGUUCAACUAUCCCUGGGAUGUGGCUGUCAACUCUGAGGGUAAGAUCCUCGUCUCCGACACCAGGAACCACCGCGUGCAGCUUUUCGCCCCUGACGGCUCCUUUCUCAAUAAGUACGGCUUUGAAGGGGCCUUGUGGAAACACUUUGACUCUCCCAGAGGAGUAGCCUUUAACCACGAAGACCACCUGGUGGUGACCGACUUCAACAACCAUCGGCUUUUGGUUAUCCGGCCGGACUGCCAGUCAGCUCGCUUUCUGGGCUCGGAGGGCACGGGGAACGGGCAGUUUCUGCGGCCCCAAGGCGUCGCUGUGGACCAAGAGAACCGCAUCAUCGUGGCCGACUCCCGCAACCACCGAGUCCAAGUAUUCGAGCCCAAUGGAAACUUCUUAUGCAAAUUUGGCACACAGGGGAGUGGCUUUGGACAGAUGGAUCGCCCCUCCGGUGUGGCUGUGACGCCUGAUGGAGUCAUUGUGGUCGUUGACUUUGGAAAUAAUCGCAUCCUCAAGUUCUAAAAAGAAGACAAAAAAAAGUCUAUUUUUGCAUUCUCCCACUCCGUUUGUCCUUUUUGCAGUUUUUCAGUGAAGGAAAUGGAGGCGAGAGAAUGAAUCAGCAGAAAGGAGAAAGGAGAGCUCAAAGAUGAUUGAGAGCAUGUUGAAAUGAAGGGAAAUUAAAACUAUAGAUUAUUUUUUUCAUUUUCAUUGCUAUUCUCCAAAUCAGAUAUCUGUGGUAUAUACAAUAAAGGGGACCUCUACAAAUUGAUAAUCAGUAGAAAAAGAGCCAUAUUUCCCUUCCUUAGUCUCAAAUGCUCUGAAUUAUCUCCGUCGGCUCUCCUUCAGUAUACAUCUCAGGGAAUUUCUCACUUCUUGAAAUCUUGUACCCUCUGCUCCAUACCUACCUCAUUUAGCUCUUUAUGAAUGUACUCAUAGUGACUGAGCAGAGGUUUUAGUCCGUGAAGUUCUACAAAGAAGAAAAGUCUACCUCUAUACUUUGUUAUUUAAGAGAGACAAAAAAAAUAGACUCUUCAGUUGAUAUUUGCACAGGAUUAAAGGAAUUCUUGCUGUGCAUUUUGAAAUAUAAGUGAACCUCCUGAAUGUUGUUGCUGAGACAAUACUCAGACCGCUGUAGAGGCUGCAUGAUUUAUUCUCAUUAGAAGGCUUCGCUCAGAGAGGAAACUCGGGUACAGUAGUGUCCUUUCAUAUUUGUAGGCUAGUUAGUGUUUCGCUAAUGCAUCGACCCCUCGUCUCUUUGUGGCUCUGUGGAGUUUGUGGUGUCAUGAUCGCCUAAGAAGACUGUGUGAAGCGAUGCCAAACUUGAUAGAAUCAAAAGUAGCUCAGGUCACCGUAGGACUGAUUAGCAUUAGCAGUACUUUGCAGGCUCCCCCUCUAGCUUUACUGGCUAAUGCUGGUGUAAUGAAUUGUUUGAGAAGUACAAAUAUAAAGUUCAUAAAAUCAGCUCUAAAAUGAUCCCUGAAAUGAUUCCCAAGAUAAGUCCUAUAAUAAAAUUGUCCAAAGUAUUUGAUUGACCAUAUACCCAGCACCCAGUUGCAUCUCAUAUGACUGGAUAAACUAAUGUUUUUGGUAAAAAAAAAAAAGAAAAUUUGUGUUAUUGCUAUCCAGUCAGUUAUGCAAAGAGAGCAACGUCCUCUCCAGAUGAGAGAAACCACCAAAGGAUUUUGGAAUUGAAUCUUCUAAGAUCUGGAUCUAAUAGUCAUCUUAACGUAGAGAUUUAAUCAUUUAAUUGAUUGACACCUUUUUGAUGAGGCAUGCUGUGUGACAAAAGCCUCAGAAGUAGACACCUAAUUUGGCCGUCCAGAGGACAUUUACAACAUCAAAAAGGCCUAAAUUGCAAUCCUUUGGAUUUAGAUUGUGGUUGAAGCUACUCCCUUUUGGCUCCUGGGGCCUAGGGUUUAGUCCAGUCCAUUGAGAGGGCACCAUCACUAAGCCCUGCCCUAUUUAUUGAUGCUUGGGGUUGAGGAAACCCCUCCAGAUUGAGUGCUAGUGGACCGAGUCCUCUAAAGAUGGAGGUCUACAGACCAACUACUAGAGUCAACCAAAGUUAGAAUUUCUGCACAGUGGCCAAGUGUAGACUUGGCAAUUAAAGAAACUGAAAAGCCCCUUUAAAACAUUUUCUAUAAUAAUCAUUGUUAUUGAGAAGUCUAAAGUUCAUAAAACUCAUGGAUUUGAGUUCAUAGCUCUAUGUUAUCGUUUGAAGAGGAACCUGUGCUUGGGUCACAGAUUUUUGACCGAAGGCCGAGGCCCUGGCUGUGUGAGUGAAUUUUGAAAGGUCCUUUUCGCACAGAUGUUUGUGUAGAGAGAAGAGGAUAUCUGCACCAAAGAGAAACCUUUUUCUCCCCCUCACAUUUAUCACCUCAGCUUAUCAAACAAUGCCACAGUUUUGUCAAUAUUAGGCGGCUCAUAGGCUCAAAGUAGCAUCUCAGAUUAGCCUUGCUUGUACCCAGAACUAAUUUC